AUGAUGCGCGAAUGCCAAGCGAAGCGAAAACAAAGAAAAAGAAAAGAAAAGUCAAAAUUAUAUCCUGAAGACCGUCCUGUUGUUGCUUUAUAUUUAUUUUUAUUAUUGGUUGUUGAAUAUCUGAUGCAUUUUACUGUUGAUAUCAAAAUAUUGCACACAUUUCGACUCACCCAAUCAAUCUUAAGAGAUUUUCAAUUAAGAAAGCAAAAGGAAGAUGAAGGAAAUAAGUAUAAGUUACAGAAAAAUUUAUUUCGAUACUUUCAUGCAUUAAAACUUUAA